UUGAAGGGUGAAUAUGCAAUUAAUGGAACUUCCUUUCGUUCUUCUCCCAAUCAGCUGAAACUUCUAAAACCCGCGUAAAACCUCCCUAAAGCCCUAAUUUGAGUGCUUCACAUUUUACCCAAAUUUCAUCUGAAAAUGCAAGUGAAUCGCCGGAUUUUCCAAGCCCUAACCGGAAUUACAAAUCGAUUUUACCAUUCUGACAAGCCGAAGAAAGUGUCACUCUACUCUAAAAUAAGUCCACUGGGAAAUCCUACCUGUACCGUAACCAAUGAGCUGGAUGAAUGGGUUUGCAAGGGCAAUAAAAUCCGAUUCGCGGAGAUGCAACGCAUAAUUCUUGAUCUUCGCAAACGCAAACGCUUCAGUCAGGCCCUGGAGGCUUCCGAGUGGUUGAAGAGUUCUGGUAUUUUCACUUUUUCAUCAACUGAGCAUGCAGUACAACUGGAUCUGAUUGGUAAGGUUCAUGGGUUUCCUGAUGCAGAAAGCUACUUCAAUAACUUGAGCAAAGAAGAUAAGAAUGAUAAGACAUAUGGUGCUCUUCUACAUUGUUAUGUUCGCCAGUGCCAAAUGGAAAAGGCAUUGACACAUCUGCGGAAGAUGGAGGAGGAGGGUGUUUCUCUAUCUUCUGUGGCCUUCAACGAUAUAAUGUCACUGUACACGAGAACUGGUGAGUAUGAAAGGAUCCCUGAAAUGCUACGCCAUAUGAAGGAAAUUGGGGUCUGUCCUGACAAUUUAAGUUAUAGAAUCUGUAUCAAUUCAUAUGGAGCAAGAUCAGAUAUUGAGGGGAUGGAGAGGGUCUUAAAUGAAAUGGAGAACCAAUCCUUCAUUGUCAUGGACUGGAACACCUAUGCUGCUGUGGCAAAUACAUAUGUUAAAGAAGGCCUAAAUGAUAAAGCAAACAGUUUCCUCAAGAAAGCGGAGGAGAAGAUAGAUAAUAAAGAAGGGAUCGGUUAUAAUUACCUCAUCUCUGUACAUUCUAAACUAGGAAACAAAGAUGAAGUCAUAAGAUUAUGGUUUCUUGAGAAGAGUGCUCUAAAGAGGUGCAUAAAUCGGGAUUAUAUAAAUAUGUUAGAAGCUCUAGUGAGACUUGAUUCGCUUGAAGAAGCGGAGCAGUUGCUCAAGGAGUGGGAGACAUCUGAUAACUGUUAUGAUAUCAGAGUACCAUACAUAGUCAUUAUAGGGUAUACGGAUAAACAGCUAUAUGAAAAGGCAGAGACCAUGCUUGAAGAUUUAUCUACAAAAGGGAAGAUACUAACACCAAAUGUUUGGGGAAGACUGGCAGCAGGGUACCUAGAUAAAGAUAAGUUUGAGAGGGGUGUGAAAUGCAUGAAAGUUGCUCUUUCCUUGAAGAAGGAUAGAAAAGGAUGGAAGCCUGACCCUAAGGUCAUCAUGAGAAUACUCAGUUUGUUUGCGGAGAAUGGCAAUGUGAAUGACGCUGAAUCAUUUUUUCAUUCACUGAGGCCCAUUGUCGCUGUAAACAGAGAGAUGUAUCAUGCCUUACUAAAAUCAUAUAUAGCAGAUGGUAAAGAAGUUGAAAGCCUUUUAAACAGUAUGAGAGAUGAUAACAUUGAUGAAAAUGAAGAAACAAAAGUGAUACUUGGAAUAAACCAAUGAGGUUCUAACAGUUAAAUGCUCUGUAGGAAUUUCCUCAAUUGUCAAUUCUAGAUAACUGUUUAGUCUAGUGAUGGACAUGUGUUUGUGUGUGAAAAACACAUUUGUGUGUCCAGGCUUGCCAUGUUCAUAACAGUUUAUGCCGAUCCUUUGUUGUUCCUCCUUCCAUCGUUCUUGCUUGGUUUUCUUCUCUUCAUAAUGUUGUCCAUUCCCUUGAAAAUCAUUGCCAAGUCUUCCUGACUUUCUUCAUCAUCAUGUAAUUCAUUUUCUAUUUCCUCAAAGAAGGUGUUGAAUACAACAUUUAAUCUCUUUCUUUCCCUUCCAUGCUUUUGAAGAUAAGUUUUCUCGUAAAUGAUAAGCUUGAUUCGAAGUUCAUCAUAUGACAUUUGAACCAGACUUUCAUAUUCAAUUGCAUCAACAAAAGGUUUCCACACUCUAGGCAAAAUCCUCAGAGUUUUUCUGACUUGUUCAUAAUUAGAGUAGGAAUGUCUUAAAGCCUCGAGAUCUCCAAGAAUUUUAUUAAUUCUCCCAAACAUGUCUUUAAUGGUUUCAUCUUCUUUCAUCGAGAAAGUCUCGUACUCAUGAAUUAAUUGAUACAUCCAGUCUUCCUUUAACUUCUCUGUACCUUCAUGUCUUAUCUCCAAUCUGUCCCAUACUUCCUUUGCAGUCUUACAACUAUCAAUCUUUCCAAACUCUUCCCAGCUCAAAGCGCAAUUAAGUAGGUGUUUAGCUCUAGCAUUGUGUUCGAUGACAUCCCUUUGUUCUCUGGUAUACUUAACUGUUUUUGGUUUAGUAGCAGAUGCCUCAUCUUCAUGUUCCUUUCCUUCCUCAUCACCAGGAAUUGGAAGUGGUCCGUUCUGUAUGAUUAGCCAUGAUUGAUAGUCAACUGAUUGCACAUACGCUCUCAUUCUAGCCUUCCAAUGGCGAUAAUUUUUUCCAUCGAAGUAUGGUGGCCUCGAAUCUUCUGGUUGAACGUAUUCCUCUGCAAAUUGAUGACUGGCCAUUGGUCUUU